AUGAUUAAAACAUACAAGCUUGAGAAAAAUAGUUGGUUCAAAAGACUCUACAACCUAAGGAAGAAAUGGUGCACAGCUUUAAGCAAAGACUUCUUUUCAGCUGGUAUACUCUCUUCUCAAAGAAGUGAGAGUACCAAUAAUGCUGUAGGUUUUAAAGCCACAAAAAACACAAACUUCACAGAUUUUUUCAAGAUAUUCAACCAGACAAUAAAAAGAUGGAGGAAAAAUGAAUCUGAUGCAGAUUUCAAGUGCUCAAACUCUCACCCUUAUUCACAUUUACCAUUCUAUGGAAUACUAAAGCAUGCAGCAGAAGUUUAUACACAAACAAUUUUCAGAGACUUUGAAACAGAAUUUACAUACUCAAUUGGCUGCAUAACACUUCUUCAUUUGGAAGUUCAAGGUUACUUCUUUUAUGAAGUGCAGAUAGAGAAUAAUGAAGCAUCAAAACAGAAAGUUACAUACAACUCAGCAGACAACAGUGUAGCAUGUUCUUGCAAAAAUUUUGAGGAAGUGGGGUGGUUAUGCUAUCAUGCUAUACGUGUACUACAGCAACAUUCAGUGACCAGAAUACCAAAUCAGUAUAUCUCAACAAGGUGGACAAAGUUUGCAAAAACACAUUUAUGGAAACAAAGAGAUGAAACAGCAGAAGCAAAUGCAAGGGUACCAGUAAAAUACAUUCCUUGGAGACAAAUUAUGGCAAGAAAAGGAUACAAUCUGAUAUUAACAUGCCAGGAAUACUCAGAGACAAGGAAGUAA